AGGGAUCAUGGAUGGCGUGCAUUUAUUAAAUAUCCAGAGGCUGUUAGAGGCGGCUGAGUAUUUGGAGAGAAGAGACCGAGAGUGUGAACAUGGAUACGCUUCAUCAUUCCCAUCCCCCGAGAGCCCGGACCUGCUGAGACUAAAACCCAAAAGGAUAAAAUCCAAACGAUGCAACAGCAGCCUUGGAAAUAACUCCAACAGAUCAACGCACAAUGAGCUGGAAAAAAAUCGGAGGGCUCAUCUACGGUUGUGUUUAGAACGUUUAAAAGACCUUAUCCCCCUAGAAUCCGACAACACCCGGCACACCACGCUAGGACUUCUGAACAAGGCCAAGUCGCACAUCAAGAAACUUGAAGAUUCCGCUCGCCGGGGACAACACCAGCUGGAGAUCUUGGAGCGAGAGCAGAGGUUUCUUAAGAGAAGACUGGAGCAGCUCCAAGGCUGUCCGGAGUCUGAGCGGACACGAACAGAUAGCAUCGGAUCGAACAAUUCCUCCGACAGAUCGGACUCCGAACGAGAGGAGAUCGAGGUGGACGUAGAAAGCACAGAAUUCUCCCACUUGGACGUGGACAGCAAUAGUAGCACCAGUAUCAGUGACUUGGAUGACCACAGUAGCCUGCAGAGUCUGGGCUCUGACGAGGGUUACGCCAGUUCCAGCCUACGGCUUGCCUUCACAGCGUAGAUCCAUCCUUGACCCGUCUACAAAUCCAGGAAGUCGGAGGAAACGGACUUCCUGUUGGUAGACAGUUUGGAUCUAGAACACGAGAGCUGCUUUGGAGUUCAACCUUAGUCCUUGUAAUGUCGUCAUUAUGACCCGUGUUGGGUCGUCGUUGGGAAUUAUCAUUCUGCUUGGUGGACCAAAAAAAACUCUUCCCAAUCCUUGGUGUCCAAAUUCAUAGGUUGGUCCACGAAAAUCAUGCGAUACCCCCGUUGUUAGAUGUUGGUAUGACCCAAGUGCUUCCUUAUCAUAUUUGAACUUCCCUACAAUGUAAGGAUCUUUAACGCCGAUAUGAACCCGUGAUGGUAACGUAUGCUUCCAUUCGCUUGUGCUUGCCUUCUCUCGUGAAGCUUUCUCGUUGGGUUUUCAGACUGCUAUGAAGAUGACACCAAUCAAGUGUUACCAGCAUGCCUUGCAGGAGUCCAGACACAACCCUGGACUCGUCUUUCACAAAUCCUACUUCUUCUAAAAAAUG